AUGCCAUUGAAACACUUGUUGCUAUCCAAUCCUUCCCAAACCAGAUAUUAUUCUUCCUCGAGGGGCAGAAAUACUCCUAAUUUGGUCUCCGCCUUCAGAACGCAUGGCUUUUUGAUAAAAUCUCGGAAGUUCACAGAUACAUAUACUUGGAACAACGUUUUAGCUGAUUAUUGCAGGUGGAGUGAACUUGAUGACGCACAAAAACUGUUUGACGAAAUUCCUCAAAGAGAUAUUGUAUCUUGGAACUCUCUCAUUGCAGGUUAUGUGCUUAGGGGAAGCUAUGAGCAUGCCUGCCUUCUCUUUGGAAAGAUGCUUCAUAAGAGGUUAUUCUGCAAUCAGUACACUCUUGGAAGUGUUCUCAAGUCAGUUUCUUGCUCCUUUCAAUUGGUUAUAGGGAACCAGCUGCAUUCUUUUGUCGUGAAAACAGGCCUUGAUCGAAAUGUAUUCUCAGGAAGUGCACUGGUAGACAUGUAUGCUAAGUGUGGUAGCUUAAGUGAUGCUCAUUUGGCAUUCAAGUCGAUAGCCGAGCCUAAUACUGUCUCAUGGAAUACCAUUAUAUCAGGCUAUGCUAAAGAAGGUGAUGCCAGUACUGCUUAUUUGCUCUUUUGUCAGAUGGAGAGGGAAGGUUUGAAACCUGAUGAAUCUUCAUUUGCUAGCUUGUUACCUUUGCUUAAUGAUCGUUCAUGUUACAAGGUGAUGGUUCAAGUGCAUGCUAAGAUAAUUAAGUUUGGUUGGGUGGUUGAUGCCAUUGUGUACAAUGCAGCUAUCACAGCUUACUCUGAAUGUCAGUCUAUUAUAGACUCAAAGAAGGUAUUUGAGGACAUGGUGGGCAUUAGAGACUUGGUAACUUGGAAUUCUAUGCUUGCGGCUUAUGCUGACCAUGGCUUCAUGGGAGAUGCAGUUAAGCUGUUUAUGAGAAUGCAAGAUAUUGGGAUUGCCUUUGAUAUCUAUACUUUUACUAGUGUGAUAAGUGCUUGCUUUGAGUGUGGACAGAUCAGCCAAGGAAGGAUAUUACAUGCAUUAGUUGUUAAAAGUGGUAUGGAAGGGGCACCCUCAAUUUCUAAUGCUCUCAUAGGUAUGUACAUCAGGUCCAAUGACAUUUGUAAUGUGGAGGAUGCAGUGAAGUGCUUCAAUUCAAUUGAGUUCAGAGAUGCUGUUUCAUGGAAUUCUAUAUUAACUGGAUUCUCACAAAAUGGGUUCAGUGAGGAUGCAUUGAAGUUCUUUUGCCACAUGCAAGCUGUAAGUGUUAGGAUUGAUCACUAUGCAUUCUCCGCUACUCUUCGUUCUUGCUCAGAUUUGGCAGUCCUUCAGUUCGGUCAGCAAGUUCAUGGUCUAGUCCUGAAAUCAGGUUUCGGUUCAAAUGACUUUGUAUCUAGUUCAUUGAUAUACUUGUAUUCUAAAUGUGGGAUCAUUGUUGAUGCCAAAAAGUCUUUUGAUGAGAGUUGUAAAGAUAGCUCAGUGAUUUGGAAUUCAAUAAUUUUUGGGUACGCGCAACAUGGACUAGGUGAGAUUGCUCUAGAUCUCUUCCAUAAAAUGCAAGAACUUGGUGUAAAAGCAGAUCACAUAACAUUUGUAGGCCUUCUCUCUGCAUGCAGUCAUAGUGGUUUAGUCAAAGAAGGCUCCAAAAUUUUAAAAUCUAUUCAGCCAACCUAUGGGAUUCCAUUGCGAAUGGAGCACUAUGCAUGUGGAGUUGAUCUAUUUGGUAGAGCUGGAAAUCUUACAGAAGCUAAAGAUCUUAUUGAAUCAAUGCCCUUUGAACCAGAUUCCAUGGUUUGGAUGACUCUCUUGGGUGCAUGUAGAAUACAUGGAAAUAUGGAUUUGGCUAGCCAUAUUGCUAAGAGUUUGCUAGAAUCGGAGCCAACGGUUCAUUCUACUUAUGUUAUUCUCUCCAAUAUGUAUGCUGGUUUUGGGUAUUGGGAUGGAAGGGCUAUGAUACAAAGGGCAAUGAGAGAUAGAGGAGUGACUAAAGUGCCUGGUUGGAGUUGGAUUGAGGUUAAUAAGAAGCUGCAUUCAUUUAAUGCUGAAGAUAGAUCUCACCCUCAAUCUGGGGAGAUAUAUGAUAGUUUAGCAACAUUGAUGGAAGAGGUAGAAAUUGUGCAUUAUGAAUGCAUUGAGGUGGGAAGGCAUGAGAUACUAUUUGGCUGAUAUGAUUGGAUAAUGGAUAGUCUUUUUUAGCCAAGUUUUCUCUUGGAACAUUAUUGCAGUGAAGCUGAGCAGACAUUCUUGUUUAGCUUUUAUUUUUUUCCAAAAGCCUGCACAUGAAUAGUAUAUAAAGGUCCUUUCAAGGGCUUGGGCGUUGCCAAUAAGUGGAAAUUACAAGUUGCUUGAUAUCAACAAUUAUUUUUGCU